AUGGAAGUGGGCGAGAUUGUGCUCAGCGACCGGAUCGAACUAGCAGUGCUGUACUUCAAACAGAAAGACUACACUCUGUGCCUCACAAUCUACAAUGAAAUCAUAAAAGAGCUUUCAGACAAGGCUCCUGCUGAGCUCACCAAAGUGAGACGUUACUAUGAUUUGAGCCCUAAACCACUUUUGGGGGUGCUUUGUCAUCCAAAGCUACUACUGGUGCUUGAUCAACGGGCAGCUACUUUUGAGAAGUUGGGCAAUUUGCCAAGGGCUUUGAAAGAUACUCAGAGAGCUAUGACCUUGGACCCAUUGGACCCAAAAGGUUAUCUACGAGCAGCCAAAGUGUACAUGAAAGAGUCGAAGGAGGUUGAUGCCUAUAAGAUUUUGCAAAGAGGACUAUAUACUAUUGAAAAGGCAUGCGAGAAGCACUCUGUGCCUGUUUCUGAGUCGCUAUUGGCAAACCUCAAGGCUAAAUACAAAGAGUUGAAUCGUAAGCUCAAGUUGAAACGACAAAGCGGCCUGAAGGACUCGCCUGAACCUGAUCAAAGCGUGAAAAGGGCAAAGAGUUUCUCCGCCUCUGGUCUUCAACGAAGACUAGACGAGAUGUUGCCUCUUCCUCGUUCGUCUACUGCUCCUCUGGAGCAACUGACUAUGGAGAAACGCAAGAGUGACCUUGACCCAAUGCGCCUUUUACCCGUUGAUGUCAUUGAGCAUGUAUUUUCCUACUUGCCGAUAAGAAGCCUCCUCAGGUGCCAUUUGGUCUCGAAAGAGUGGUACUGGAUUUUGAUUUCGAUUCCCUCGUUGUAUAACGAUAAGUUCUCUUUGAGACACCGAGCUACUGCUUCCGAAUACUCUGGAGGCUUGAGACUUAUGAAAAGAGUCGCCCAGUAUCUGUACGACAAGUCCAUCCAUUCUGUUCGUGUGUGGUCGACUUUCAAUACUAUGCAUUUAGGAAGAAUCUUGGAGAGCUUGGUGACAGACAGAACACUCAAAUUGAAACGUUUAGAGAUUGUCAACAGAGAUUUCAGCCUACAACUUCUUUUGAACAAGCUUGAGAAAUGCAAAUGGGAUUUGGAUACCCUUAAAAGCAUCGAGAAAUUGCGCUUUCUUAUCAACCGGCCCAUUUUGCAUCCGCAAUUGCUUCUUUAUCUUUAUCCCCGACUCACGGAUCUAGAUAUCGUGGUAGCUGAUGAUCUCGUAGAAUCAUCUUUUGAUGCACUCACUCCAUCAGAGUCAGAGAAAUAUCAGCAAUACCUCAGAGCUCUGGAAGACAACAUUUCAUAUGGUAAUCUUAACGCCUUUUCCUACAUCAGCCAUUCGAAGUAUAUUGAGAAAAGACUUGUUGCUCAGCCUAAGAUUCUUGAAUUUGAAUUUCCAUCUUUGACAAGACUCACUUUGGUUGCUUUCAACUUCAAGAACCGAGUACAUCAUUUUGGGGAGUUCUUGGCCAAAAUUCCGUCACUUCGGAGCUUAUACUUGGAAGAUAAUGCAGAACUUCUGAUUAAAGAUUUUGUGAAAGUUUUGCUCCUCUUUAGUCCUGGCUUUCAGCUAAGACAACUUACCUUCAGGGAAAUCGGUGAUCAGAGACACUCAAACUUAAGUGAUGUCGAUGCUGAGUCCUUACCGUGUCUCUUUUCAUUAGAAUAUCUCGAUAUCUACGGGUCCUUCUUAUCAUCCAAAGGUUUACUUAAAUUGCUCCGUAUUGCGAACACUGGUCAACAACUUUCUACACUCAAUAUUGGCAAAUGCCAAAAUGUGUACUUGCGGCGAGAUCAAUUUGCAGUUGGCCGUGAUGUGCUAGAGUUCUCCCAAAUCUUCCGCAUCGUGCCACAGCUCCAUACGCUUUACCUAAAUGAGAUGGAUUUAGACAACGUAUCAAUGAAGUUCUUACAUAAGGAUCUCGCAGAUGUUUGCGGUUACGACAACUUUAAGCUCAAGAGGCUAGACAUCUCAUUCUGCCACAUGAUUAGCGGGAUUGGAAUCAUGAACCUUCUCAAUUACUCGAGUUCGCAACCAUUCAAGUCAGAAGUCCUAAUGCUUGAUGAACUUGUUCUUGAUGGCCUUGAUAUCCACAAAAGCACAAUAAAUAUGCUUAUAAACAAAGGAAUUGUCAAAAAAGUCUUUCACGAUCCGUCCAAGACUUCUUGGAAACAAAAGGGCGUGAAUACUUUAGAGCCAUGGUAA